AUGACGGAAAAGGUUGAAGAGAAAGGAAGUGCAGAUAAAGAUGAUUACACGCAAGAUGGCACUGUGGACCUCAAUGGAAGACCCGUCCUAAGAUCCAAGACCGGUCGAUGGAACGCUUGUUCCUUCAUCGUCGGAUACGAGAUUUUUGAGAGGAUGGCGUACUACGGGAUUGCAGCAAACCUAGUGACAUACUUGACGAAGAAGCUCCACGAAGGCACUGUGACAUCCUCGAACAACGUCACAAACUGGCUCGGGACGGUUUGGAUGACACCCAUCCUCGGUGCAUAUAUUGCCGAUGCUUAUCUUGGGCGUUACUGGACUUUCAUUUCCCCAUCCGUUGUUUAUCUCAUGGGCAUGUUCCUCCUAACGCUGGCGGUGUCGCUACCAUCGCUGAGGCCUCCUUCAUGCGCCUCAGGGAUCAAAGAAGAGGAAUGCGACAAGCAUGCCUCGGGCCUCCAGAUAGGAAUCUUCUACUGCGCACUCUACAUAAUUGCGGCUGGGACGGGCGGGACCAAGCCCAACAUCUCGACCAUGGGCGCGGACCAGUUUGAUGACUUUGAGCCCAAGGAGAGGACCCAAAAGCUCUCAUUCUUCAACUGGUGGAUGUUCAGCAUCUUCUUUGGGACACUAUUCGCGGACACAUUCCUGAUCUAUGUACAAGAAAAACUGAGUUGGGGAUUGGGCUAUUGCCUUCCCACGCUGGGGCUUGCAUUAUCAGUACUAGUGUUCUUGGUGGGCACUCCAUUUUAUAGGCAUAAAGCGCCCUCAGGAAGCCCGUUCUCGAGGAUCGCUCAAGUGUUAGUGGCGUCGAUCAGGAAGCGGAAGUUGCCUGUUCCGAGUGAUCCGAAGGAGCUUUAUGAAUUGAGCCUCGAACGAUACGCAGAGUCGAAGAAAUUCCGGAUCGAUCACUCUACUUCUAUGAGAUAUCUUGACAAAGCCGCAGUGAAGAUUGAUUCAAGCUCGCCGUGGAUGCUAUGUCCAGUGACCCAAGUGGAGGAAACCAAGCAGAUGGUCAAAAUGCUCCCAAUCCUAGCUGUGACGUUCAUCCCGAGCACCAUGUAUGCGCAGGUGCACACCCUCUUCAUCAAGCAGGGCACGACCCUGAACCGACACAUGGGCCCGCACUUCGAGAUCCCUCCCGCGUGCCUCACCGCAUUCGUAACGAUCUUCAUGCUCACAAGCCUCAUCAUCUAUGACCGGUCCUUCGUCCCUGCCGUCAGGCGCUAUACCAAGAACCCCAGAGGCAUCACAUUGCUGCAGAAUGGGGUAGGCCUUGUCCUCCACAUAAUAAUAAUGGUCACUGCUUGUCUGGCCGAGAGGCGGAGGCUGAGCGUCGCCAGAGAGAACGGCAUUGACGGUCAGUCCCAAAUUGUCCCUCUCACCAUCUUCAUCCUCCUGCCACAAUUUGCCCUCAUGGGAGUCGCCGACACCUUUGUUGAAGUGGCAAAGAUCGAGUUCUUCUAUGACCAAGCGCCUGAAGGCAUGAAAAGUCUAGGAACGUCUUAUUUUACUAGUAGUUUAGGUAUCGGGAGCUUCCUAAGUAGUUUUCUUCUCAAGACAGUCUCGCGAAUCACCAAGGAACACGGACACAAAGGUUGGAUCUUGGACAACCUUAACAUCUCCCACCUCGACUACUACUACGCGUUCUUGGCAGUCCUUACGUUUCUCAAUUUUCUCGUGUUCCUCGUCGUGGCCAAGUCUUUCGUCUACAACGAGGAAGUAACCUUUGAUAAAGAGAUGGAAGCUUUGCCUGCUAAUUCAGCUAAUCACGAGGCCAUGACUGUCGGAUGA